GGGAUAGGGAAAGCCCGUUAGAUGCGGCUGCCGAUAGUAGCACAUCAGCCAUGGUGUAGAUGAAAGCCGAGGAGGAACAGGCUCUGAACAGCUGAGUGCACAGUGAAACACUAGAGCCAGCAGCACAGGGAGGGAGAGAGAGAGAGGGAGGGAGAGAGAGAAGGAGAGGGAGGGAGAGGCAGAGCUGGCGUACGGGAGAGAAGAGGAGACAGAGAGACCAGAAGACUGAGAAAGUUAAAAGCUCUGGAAGCCGCGUCGGGUCCAACAACACAAGGCUGAAACCGGCUGGGAAAUGGGGUGCUGUGGAGUGUAGCCCGACGGCCGUGGGAGAUUAGCAGAGGAGAGGAGAGCAGAGGAGGGAACACCGAAAGUUACUUACGGGAGCAGAAUUCUGCAGGACGGCCGGGGACCGAUCCCGCGCUGCUAACCUGAGAGCGGGAGGCCAGUGCUGCGUGCAGACGUAUACCCGACAGGGGAGCCUGGAGGCUGGGGAGCAGGCGUGCCAGAGCGCGGGCGCAAACUGAGCCAACUGCCAGGGGAACUUUACCGAGUCACAGCGUGGGGGCGACGGUCAGGGACGGAGGUGACUUUAUUAAGGGAGGGGGUGCAGGAAGGGUCAGUUCUGUCCACUUCUGAGACAUGGUAGCGGUUGACCCCUGCGAGCCAGCAGCCGUCCCAGAGCAUGGAGAAGUCCAGUAGCGAGGAGUCGGCCAUCCAUCGCAGCCCCUCCGUGGACAGCCGCGACUCCGACUUCGCCAGAGCCUCCACCUCGGGCCGGCCGUUCGGCGGCCGCGGCUUCACCGCCGGCGCCUUCUACGGCUCCACAGGCCCGCGGGCGCAAGGCCGCGCCGGAGGCGGCGCAGACAGCGGCGCCGGAAACGCGGAGGACAAGAGCGACGGCAAAAGCGCCCCCCAGAAGGGCAGCAAAUACGUGGUGUUUUACCUGGAUCUAUCCUUUGUGUUCCUUCUAGAAUUCAAGAAGUUCAACAUGGCACGCGGCUGCCUCUGCUGCCUGAAAUAUGCGAUGUUCCUCUUCAACCUCGUCUUCUGGCUGUGCGGCUGCGGGCUGUUGGGCGUGGGCAUCUGGCUGUCGGUGUCACAGGGCAGCUUCGCCACCUUCUCGCCCUCCUUCCCCUCGCUCUCCGCCGCCAACCUGGUCAUCGCCAUCGGCUCCAUCGUCAUGGUGACGGGCUUCCUGGGCUGCCUGGGCGCCAUCAAGGAAAACAAGUGCCUGCUCCUGAGCUUCUUCAUUGUCCUGCUGAUCAUUCUCCUGGCGGAGUUAAUAUUACUCAUUCUGUUCUUCGUCUACACUGAUAAGGUGAGCGAGAACGCCAGGAAGGACCUGAAGGACGGGCUGGCCCUCUACAACACGGAGAACAACGUGGGCCUGAAGAACGCCUGGAACAUCAUCCAGGCCGAGUGGAAGUGUUGCGGAGUGACGGGCUACACAGACUGGCACGAGGCCCUGAAGGAGAAGGUGGUGCCCGACCGCUGCUGCCAAGAGCACUACCAGGAGUGCGGCCGAAACUCCACCAACAUGUUCUGGAAUCGGGGCUGCUAUGAGAAGGUGGAGGAGUGGCUGGACGAGAACAAACACCUGCUGGGCACCAUCGGCAUGUCCAUUCUGGUCGUGCAGCUCCUGGGAAUGGCCUUCUCUAUGACGCUGUUCCAGCAGAUCCACAGGACCGGGAAGAAGUACGACGCCUAGGGGGAGGGGGGCGCACCCAGAGCACCCCU